UUGCUGAGUGUUACAUUCAACAGAUAUAAUUCGAGUUAGUCUACAAGUUUCGACAUCAAAUCAACACUAACCAUGACAGAAACCGUUGUUCUCUCCGCUCCGGCACCAGUCGUCGCGUCGCCUGCUGCGAAGAAGUCUCCGGCCAAGAAGAAGUCUGGUACUGCUGCUAAGGCAAAGAAGCCAGCUGCGUCUCACCCGACCACUUCCGUGAUGGUCACAUCAGCCAUCAAAGAACUCAAGGAGAAGAAGGGUUCGUCUUUGCCGGCUAUCAAAAAAUACUUGGCUGCCAACUACAAAGUCGAUCCCGCCAAGCUAGCGCCGUUCAUCAGGAAAUUUUUGAAAGCCGCCGUCGCCAACGGAACCGUCGUACAGACCAAGGGCACUGGCGCUUCUGGUCACUUCAAACUACCGGUUGCCGAAGUUAAACCGAAAAAGGCAACUGCGGUCAAGAAGAAGAAACCAGUCGUCAAAAAAGUCAAAGCCCCUAGUGCCGUAAAGAGGAAGUCGACGUCUGCCAAGAAAGUGAAGCCCGCGUCCGGUGAACCGGCAGCUAAAAAGGUCAAAAAGGCUGUCGCCGCUAAACCUAAGGCUGUCAAACCGAAGAAAUCUCCGGCCAAGGCGAAAAAACCUGCCGUCGCUGUCAAACCCAAAGCGAAGAAGACCCCAACCAAAAAAACAGCAGCACCCAAGAAGAAGUAAAUUGUGAUCAGUCGAUCCACUCGCUUCUCAACAACCCUUUAAAACGGUCCUUUUCA